AUGCGGCUAUUACAUACAACUACAUUUGAAUUGCGAGAGUUCUCCGGUACAGACAUACCUCCCUACGGCAUCCUGUCCCAUACUUGGGGGCGUAACGAGUUCACAUUCAGAGAUUUCCAACGAGCUGGAUACCGCGGUGGGAUCACGAAAAUCGACGGCAUGUGUCGCGUCGCUCGAGACCAAAGGCUUUCCUGGGUCUGGAUAGACACUUGCUGCAUAGACAAGAGCAGUAGCACGGAGCUGUCUGAGGCCAUCAAUUCUAUGUUUGCAUGGUACAGACGGGCUGCAACAUGCUUUGUGUACCUUGAAGAUGUUCCUGGGGGUUAUAAGUUUAAUCCCAAAGACAAGGUCUUUGCCAAUAGUCGCUGGUUUAGUCGCGGUUGGACCUUGCAGGAAUUGUUGGCGGCGACCACAGUAUUCUUUUACGACCGGUCCUGGAACUUCGUGGAGUGGAUUGAAAAGUCCGGUGACACUGACGGUAGAGCCCGUCCAUCGAAUAUGGUACUCGGGAAAAGGAAGAUAAGCCAAGUCGAUAACGAGAGCUUCGACAUGAAUUCUAACAUGAAUAACUUCGCCUCGGCUCUCGGCAGUAUAACGAACAUAAACUUCAUUGCGUUAACCAGAAAAUUCGAAGAUGUGCAUCGGUCCUUCUCAGUGGCGGAGAAGAUGAGUUGGGCAUCGAGAAGAGAGACAACCCGUUUAGAGGAUAAGGCCUACUCCCUCAUGGGCCUGUUCGAUGUGAAUAUGCCGCUGCUAUACGGAGAAGGUGAAAAGGCUUUCUUUAGGCUUCAAGAAGAAAUCAUCAAGAAGACUGAUGACGAGUCGAUAUUUUCUUGGGGCUAUGGAGAACCUGCUCGGUUUGAAGGGGGGUUGUUCGCCAAAUCUCCGGCCGACUUUCUCGGGUGCCGGAAUGUCACAAUAGUCGAGACCGCGGGCAACACCCCGCACUACUAUCUAACGAACAAAGGUCUGCAUAUUCAGACACGAUUCACAAAUACGCUAUGGAGGAUGGGAACUUUCAUCUACGCCAUGCUACACUGCACGGACAGAUAUUUAACUUCGGGGAAGAAUUGCAUAGCUAUUCCCCUCUACUAUGUGGGCAACCUCAUCAUCCGCCCACCUGGUGCCGUACCUCUAUUGAUUGACGAAGCCGACCUCGGCACAGAAGCUGUCUAUCUUUACAUCCACGUCUCCGGAAGUUUCGACAGCUUCAAAACAGACUUCCCGAUGCCGGGACAUAUGUUAAGACGGGUGGAAAAGUCUACAACUGUCCAGUUCACGAGCGCCCCAGGCAACAUUAAGCUUGCUGAGGUGUACCCACCCAGCUGGUAUCCGCUGUGUACCACAUCAAAGUCACUGAUAGUAGUACAAGACUUGGCGUCACCAACGACAACCGCCACUGUCUGGAUGAGAUUUUGGGAUCUAUCCUCUGGCCUCGAUUUCGCCUUACGACUAGAUUUAGAGUGGGAGUUGGUACCUUCCCAGAGACCAGAUCAGCUUGGGCUAGCGCUGGUGUCCGUACACCCACUUGUGAAACUCAUACCGCAGGACAUGUAUCUAUUCGACGAGGUCUUUCAUGAUGGGCAAUCAUUUUCGAAGUGGGGAGAGAAGAUAUCCUGGGGCGAUGACACAAUGGCGAGCCCUGCUGGAAACAUCUCCUUUGAGGACUAUCUCGGCCUCUCUGGCUGCAUCUUCGAGUGGGCCGACAGCUACGACUCCAAGGACUGGGAUCGUCUCAGGAAAUGCAUUGCCCCUGAGCUUCGCAUUGACUACCGCUCCUUCCUCGACAAGAUCUGGGAGGCCAUGCCCGCGGAGGAGUUCAUCGCCAUGAUCUCGGACAAGUCCGUCCUCGGCAACCCCCUCCUCAAGACCCAGCACUUUAUCGGCGGCACCCGCUGGGAGAAGGUCUCCGAGACCGAGGUCAUCGGACACCACCAGCUCCGCGUGCCCCACCAGAAGUACACCGACGCCUCCCGCAAGGAGGUUGCCGUCAAGGGCCACGCUCACAGCUACAACAAGCAUUGGUACAAGAAGGUCGACGGCGUCUGGAAGUUCGCUGGUCUCGCUCCCGAGAUCCGCUGGUCAGAGUACGACUUCGAGGCUGUCUUCGCCGAUGGACGUGAUUCCUUCGGUGCUGAGGAGACCAUCGACAAGAAGAACAAUGUCUCUGUUGUCGAGAAGGAGCUCAAGGUUGCCGCUGCUGUUUAA